AUGCCGUUCGUCCAAGGAAAUGACCACCGUCUCUAUUAUGCCGACUCCCACCCCGCCGGCCCUCCAACCCCAACCGGCCUAACCUUCAUCUUCAUCCACGGCCUAGGCUCCUCACAAAACUACUACUACCCAGUAAUCCCACACCUUACAAAACUCCACCGCUGUAUCACAAUCGACACCUACGGCGCCGCCCGCUCCCCGUACACGAAUGACACAGUCACGAUCCCCGGCAUCGCAGAGGAUGUCAUCGGCGUGCUAGACUCGCUGCAAGUCCCCAAGGCCGUGGUAGUCGGCCAUUCAAUGGGCGGGAUCGUAGUGACAGAGCUAGGCGCACGGUAUCCCGACCGUCUACAGGGCGUUGUGGCCAUUGGGCCGACGCACCCGUCAGAUAUGCUGGUGACGGUCAUGAAUAAGAGAUCGGACACUGUCCUUGAAUCUGGAAUCGAGCCAAUGGCAAAUACCAUCCCCUUUGGAGCUGUCGGUUCGCGUAGCACCCCGCUUCAAAAGGCUUUCAUUCGGGAGUUGAUCUUGGGACAGGAUCCGAAGGGUUAUGCUGCGCUAUGUCGUGCUAUUGCGGCCGCUAAACCGGCGGACUAUGCUGCUGUCAAGGCGCCUUUCCUGCUUAUUGCCGGCGACGAGGAUAAGUCUGCUUCUAUGGAGGGGUGUCAGCAUAUCUUUUAUCAUGUCUCCAGUAAGCAGAAGUCCCUGGAGGUAUUGAAGGGGGUUGGACAUUGGCAUUGUAUUGAGGCUGCUGAUGAGGUGGGUGAGUUAAUUGCGAAGUUCGCGAACGUUGUGAAUGCUUGA